UCGCUGCCCAUCCCGUCAUCCCUCUCUGCCCAUUCCUUCAUCCCUCUCUGCCCAUCCCCUCAUCCCUCUCUGCCUAUCAAUUCAUCCCAAUCUGCCCAUCCCUUCAGCCCUCUCUGCCCAUUCGUUCAUCCCUCUCUGCCCAUUCGUUCAUCCCUUUCUGCCCAUCCCUUCAUCCCUCUCUUCCCAUUCCUUCAUCCCUCUCUGCCCAUCCCUUCAUCCCUCUCUGCCCAUCACUUCAUGCCUCUCUGCCCAUCCCUUCAUCCCUCUCUGCCCAUUCGUUCAUCCCUCUCUGCCCAUUGGUUCAUCCCUCUCUGCCCAGACCUUCAUCCCUCUCUGCCCAUUCCUUCAUCCCUCUCUGCCCAUCCCUUCAUCCCUCUCUGCCCAUCCCUUCAUCCCUCACUGCCCAUCCCUUCAUCCAUCUCUGCCCAUCCCUUCAUCCCUCUCUGCCCAUUCGUUCACCCCUCACUGCCCAUUCUUUCAUCCCUCUCUGCCCAUCCCUUCAUCCCUCUCUGCCCAUCAAUUCAUCCCUCUCUGCCCAUCCCUUCAUCCCUCUCUGCCCAUUCGUUCACCCCUCUCUGCCCAUUCCUUCAUCCCUCUCUGCCCAUCCCUUCAUCCCUCUCUGCCCAUCAAUUCAUCCCUCUCUGCCCAUCCCUUCAACCCUCUCUGCCCAUUCGUUCAUCCCUCUCUGCGCAUUCUUUCAUCCCUCUCUGCCCGUCCCUUCAUCCCUCCCUGCCCAUUCCUUCAUACCUCUCUGCACAUCCCUUCAUCCCUCUCUGCCCAUAAAUUCCUCCCUCUCUGCCCAUCCCUUCAUCCCUCUCUGCCCAUUCAUUCAUCC